CCUCGCCCCGGCACGAUGACUCCCGGACGCCGCACAACAAUUUUUCCACGAGUACGACGUCGCUCAUCGCCCGAGGGGACGUGUCAAAGAUCGCUGUGUCAAGAAGAUCAAGUUCAUGACAGAGACAAUUUCUGCUUUUAUCAUCGCUUAGAGAUGGGCCGUAAAGAUGCUCAUAUGCACAGUCUUCCUGUUGACAAAUACAGGAAGCAAAUUGGAACUCAGUACAAGAAGAAAACCAAUGUCGACGCCAAGGUGCUCAAGAAGAAUACGGAGACGAAAAGCAACUCUCCAAAGCUCUAUCAGGAUAUUAAAGUUGUACUGAGUGGCUUUGCGGGAAUGGUCCUUCUAAGCUACCUACUACUCUACCUGUGGCUCAUCAAUAAGAAGGCGGAAUAAGUCCUGUCAUACCAAAUGUUAAACAAAGCAUUAUGCACAUAGAGCAGUUUGUAACUUUUAUAAUAAGCAAGAUUUACAGUGCUCAGUAUAGUGCAUAAUGCUUGUGGAGUCAAGGUACAUCAAUAUUCACUGUAUUUAAUAGUGAGUAGGACAGUUUUACCAAAGUAUAUCAUACUUUUGAACAAUACAGGAUAGAGAAUUGGGUGCAAAUAGGUUUGAAAGUAUUGGGGACAUUUAUAAUUUAAGGGAGUAAAUUUUGCAUAUCAUAGAUCCACAGCAUAGCAAUAAUAAACUUUGGAAACUAAUACAUUCAAUAUUUUACACACUACUGAUAGUUCAAGUGAGGAUAUUAGUGGGUUCUGUUUGGGUACUUUCUUGAUAUAGGAAUUCUUUGGUGCUUGUUUAAUACUAGUCUUUAUGGGCAUAUUAUUUAGUUUUUAUGUGUUGGCAUUCUCUUUAUAUUUAAAAAAAAUGAGCAGAUGAAUGCAAAUGGAGAUACAUUUCUUAAUAGUUUCAAAAGAUUUAUAAUGACUAACAUGACUGUCACAGAAAAACAAAAAUCUUUAUUGAUAAUACAAAAUCUUUUGAAUGGCUUUCUACUUCUUAGUCAGUCUGAUGCCAAAGCUUUUUUAAUAUAUUUUGCUAUUUGUCUAAGGCAGCUGUAUUUCAAAGGCAGCACAAAUUCUUGUAAAGGUUUGCUGUAAUAUUUUUUUUUAAAUUAUUUUUGAAAAAAAUAUAUUCUGGUUCAAGGAUCAUAAGAUGUGAGAGAUAUUUGGUCCUUGUAAUGAUUAUAUCCCUAUCGAAAGUUGCAAAUUCUGUUAUAAGGUAGUUGGUCUAGAGAUAAAUAUGUCGUUGUUGGAAACUUAUCUUGUGACAUACUUGUUGAUAUGGUAAAGGGGAAAUUUUAUUUUGUUAUAGUUUAUCUGUAAAUGUAGCAUUUUUGGUAUAAAUAUAUUUCGUUUACAAGUAAUGGUAAAGCAUAUGUGACAAAGCAGUAAAUUACCAUUGUUGUAUUCUAGUGUUUUCAUUUGUUAUUCAUAUGUGGAAUCUGAAUAGUAGUGAGACUUUGGGAACAAAUAUCUUUGUGAUAAAAGGAUUAUGCACAAAUAUAAUAUGUAAGGUACAUUUUCUACUGGAAAGAUUUACCACUUAAGUUUUUUUUAUAAUAUGCAAUAAAUAAUAAAUUAUA